AUGCCGCAAUUGCCGCAAACCCCAACCAAGCCCCGUUCAGUAUACCAGCAUAUGCCAUAUGAGAAGAGAUUGUUAAAUAGUAGUCGGAAUGUAUCUGUACUUCCUGAAUCUCCAAAACAGCUUGUCUCUUUUUCGUCCGAGGAGUCAGUGUCACAGAUCACGCCCCUUCUCUACAGGCCGAGUGCAACGUGCCCAGUUGGCCGAACACAACGUAGCAUAUUCGGCCCGCCCUCCAAAAUCAACAUCGAGCAUUUGUUUUUCGGCCCAAACACAAUGACCGAAAAGCUUCUUAUGGGCAUGGGUAGACCAUUCCCACCAACACCCCCUGACUCCGAGAAUUAUGUUGUCGACUUCGACGGUAUCGACGAUCCCGCACACCCAUACAACUGGAAGUUCUCUACCAAGCUAUUCAUUUCUAUUCUUGUCUGCAGUGGAACAUUCAUCGUGUCAUUCACCAGCGCCGUGUUCGCACCGGGGACCGAUCAAGCCAGCAGAGAGUUCGGGGUCUCCUCUGAAGUCGGUACCUUAGGAACAAGUUUAUACGUGCUCGGAUUUGCGGCAGGACCAAUGCUCUGGGCACCUAUGUCGGAGUUGAAAGGACGCAAGUGGCCUCUCACGAUUGCAAUACUCGGUGGCGGUAUUUUCACCAUCGCGUCUGCUGUCGCAAAGGAUAUACAGACGCUCAUCAUAUGUCGCUUCUUCGCUGGCAUGUGUGGCUCAAGUCAGCUCACUGUCGUACCCGGGGUACUUUCCGAUCUCUUUGAUAAUACCUACCGUGGUACAGCAAUUGCUCUCUACGCGCUGACGGUCUUUGUCGGACCAUUCAGUGCGCCAUUCACGGGGGGCUUCGUUGUGUCAAGUUCUCUUGGCUGGCGGUGGACGCUAUAUAUUCCGUCGAUCUUGUGUUUUGCAAAUGGAGCCAUCUCCAUAUUGUUUUUGCGAGAAACGUAUGCGCCAUGCAUUCUCAUCGAAAAGGCUGCCAGGCUUCGCCACCAGACAGGUAACUGGGGAAUCCAUGCUAAACAAGAACGAUUAGAAGUGGACUCCCGGGCACUUGUCAAGAAAUACUUCACUCGCCCACUGAGGAUGCUGGUGACGGAACCGAUUAUCCUCUUGGUGUCAAUGUAUAUGUCCUUCAUCUACGGGCUCGUGUACGCGCUUUUGGAAGCAUAUCAGUAUGUCUUCGAGUCCAUACACGGCAUGAAACCUGGAGUUAGCGGACUGCCCUUUGUUGGACUCAUCAUUGGCCAGAUACUUGCCUGCAGCUUUAUUCUCUUCCAGUAUGUGACCUACACGAAGAAAAUGGUAGAAGACAAGAUCGUGCCGGUCCCUGAAUGGCGUCUCCGUCCGGCCUUGUUGGGAGCCCCAGUCUUCGCAAUUGGAAUCUUCUGGUUUGGUUGGACUGGUUUUACUCCUGCAAUUCACUGGGCCGCUCCCACAGUCGCUGGAGGCUUUAUUGGAUUUGGCGUUUUGUGCGUCUUCUUUCCAUGCUUCAUCUACCUUGUCGAUGCCUACUUGCCUCUGCUUGAUUAUGACAGGGCAGCAUCGACGGUGGCAGCAAAUAUCAUACUUCGCUCAUUGGUCGCCUCUGGAUUUCCCCUGUUUUCCAAGCAGAUGUUUCAGAAUAUGGGAGUACAGUGGGCUUGCACACUCCUCGGUUGCCUCGCGGCAGUGAUGAUACCGAUUCCCUUUGCAUUCAGGAUAUAUGGGCCGUGGCUUAGAGGCAAGAGCAAGCUCUUUAAGUAA